AUGAUACAUGGCCUACUCGCUCUGCGACGAGCACCCGCACAUCAUGUGACCUCGCAGCUAGCACGCUUUGCCCCAGCACGAUCACCACAGUCCGCCCUCGCGCGUCACAUACAGUCGCAAGCAUGGGAACCUCUGCGCCCUCCAAACCCCGCCGACCUACCUAAGCCGCGAAUUCGCAAAGUCAAGCCGCCCUUCGCAAAACGAAGAUGGGUGCGCCGUCUCGCCGCCUUCUCCGCGGUCCUUGGCGUGGGAUAUGUCAUCGACAGGCAAUUCUACGCCUCCUCUGUGACCAGGUCUCUCCGUACCUUCAAGACCGGACUGGUUAUAGGUCUCGACUAUAAGAUCAACUUUCGCGCCCACCCUCCCUUUGCAAACAGCAUCGAAGAUGUGCAUAACCGCAACGCCGAGCGUAUAUUCGACCUGCUGCGGUACAAUGGCGGUUUAUAUCUAAAGAUUGGCCAGGCGAUUGCAAUGCAGAGUGCCAUCCUACCGCCGUCGUUCCAGAAGAUGUUUUCAAAAAUGUUCGACGACGCGCCGCAGAAUGAGUGGUGGGAGGUCGAGAAGGUUGUGAGAGAGGAUUUUGGGAAGAGCGUAGAGGAAGUGUUCGGUGUGAGCUUUGCACACGACCAAAGCGGCAUGGACAAAGGUGUCAUGGAGAAGACGGCGCGUGCAAGCGCAAGUGUUGCACAGGUACACUGGGCGCGACUAGCCGACGGUCGCGAAGUCGCCAUCAAGGUCCAGAAGCGUGAGAUUGCAUCGCAAGUCGGCUGGGAUCUGUGGGCGUUCAAAGUCGUAGCCAAAGCCUACACAUGGUGGUUUAGCAUUCCUGUCUACACCCUCGUACCCUACAUCUCCGAGCGCCUGAUGCUGGAGACUGAUUUCGAAAACGAAGCGGACAACGGCGAGGAAAUGCGCCGUCUUGUCGCAGGCGAGCCACGAUUGAAUGGCAGGGUAUACGUCCCGCAAGUCUACCGCGAGCUUUCCAGCAAGCGCGUCAUGACCGCCGAAUGGAUUGAAGGCGUGCGUCUGUGGGACAAAGAAGGCAUCACCAAUAAAUGGCAGGGUGGCUGGCAUCGUGGUUCGCCAGGCGCCGGAGGCGUACAACUCCCUCCCAUCCCUUCGACUACUACCUACGACCAGGAUGUCCCCGCCGACGCGCCCAAGAACGAGAUCAUCAAGCCCAGCCGCAAGUCCUGGAAGGGCAAAGAUGGGAAAGGCGGUCUUGGAGUAUCGUUGAAAACAACCAUGAACACCAUCGUCGACCUCUUCAGUGCACAAAUGUUCCUCUGGGGACUGGUGCACUGCGACCCACAUCCAGGCAACAUCUUCAUCCGCCGCCUACCCUCUGGCCAGCCUGAAGUUGUGCUCAUCGACCACGGACUGUACAUCCGCAUGAACCCCGAGUUCCGUCACCAGUACGCUCUCUUCUGGAAAUCGUUGCUGGCAUUCGACAACGCCACGAUCGCCGACAUUGUCACUUCUUGGGGCGUCAACAACCCCGAUAUCUUCGCGUCUGCAACGCUGAUGCGACCGUACCAGGGCGGCGACAAGAAGGUCAUCGAUGAGAUCAAAAAGGGCGUGCACGGCAAAGAUGCAGCAGAGCGCGCGUACGACAUGCAAGUCAAGGGCCGCGACGCAAUCAAGAGCAUCCUCGGCGACGACAAGAAAUGGCCUCAGGAGCUGAUCUUCAUCGGUCGCAACCUGCGCAUCGUGCAAGGCAACAAUCAGUUCCUUGGCUCGCCUGUUAACAGGGUCAAGAUCACUGGCCUGUGGGCAUCGAGAGCGCUGGCGGAGAGCAAGGAGCUGAGCACGGGGGAGAGGUGGAAGAACUGGGUCAAGCAUCUGCGGUUCAGGAUCGUGCUGUUGUUGUCAGAUGGCGUGUUUUGGUGGAGCAGGCUUAGGCAAGCUUUUGGCGCCGAACGCGGACUGGAGGAUAUCCUCGAGGAUCAGAUGAAGACUAUGGCGAAGGACUUUGGCGUCGAGCUCAACCAUGGAGUGUUCGAGGGAUAG